AGAGGGGGAUAUGUCAUAAGGAGAUACCAAAAAACAAGACAACGCUGCAAAAAUGAUUGACUACGUAGUAUUAUUAUCACAUUGUGUUGUCUAAACCCGUACAUUCGUAUAAACUUGCGGAUCCGUUGCCAUCCUGUUCUCCCCCGCAUACACACACAGACAACAAACUCUCAACCUUGAUCCCAGUCAACAGACCAAAAUCCUUCCUCCCUCCGUUCUCACCCGGCUCAACAAAUGACAACCCCUUCUCCAUCCCCAUACUUCCUUCGCUCUGCGGGGAACAGAACAAGGCUAGGGUGGUCACCUCACUUUCUGUUCACGGGCAUGAUCCGCUAGACGAGUACCCCAACUUCGAGACCCAUCCCCACGUCUGCUGUAACUCUAGGGCUUUGUGUUGGUGCGACAUGUUGGCCUGUAUUGGAUGUUACCAUUACACUGCAUGAUAUGGGGACUGGCUAGUGAUGCUGUAAUCGGAGAUAACACAUUAAGCUUGUUGCUGUGAUCUGCGGCCGUGGCUGGCGUUGCGCAAAAAAGGAUAUAAAUGCCCCCUCUUCUCCUCGUAAACUCAAUUCUCCCCAACCAUCAUCCCUCCCAACUCUUUUCUCCCUAAAAGACCUGUAUAAGCAUCUUUACAAUGGUACAGCAACCAUCUGCAGGCGAGCCCGCUGGCCCCGUGGUCAAGGGUGUCAUUCCCACGGCUAAGCAAGCUCUCAGUGAUCUCUUCAUCUGGAAGCAGCGCGUCGUGAUCACCAACGAGAAUGGUGAAGAGACCACUGAGUGGCGGGACCCAGAUCCCAUCAAGAACCCCAUCAGUCUCAUGGCUCAGCUUUCUGGCAAGGAUUGGGUCUUCUUCCUUGUUGGAUUCUGCGCCUGGACUGCUGAUGCUUUCGACUUCCACGCUUUGUCAAUCCAGACCAAGAAGCUGGCGGCCUACUAUGACACCAGCAAGACCUCCAUCACCACUGCCAUCACCCUCACUCUUCUCCUCCGAUCUGUCGGUGCCGCCAUGUUCGGUCUCGCUGGUGACAAAUGGGGUCGCAAGUGGCCCAUGGUCUUCAACAUGAUCAUCCUCGGUGUUCUUCAGAUCGCCACCAUCUACAGCUCAACCUUCCAGCAGUUCCUCGCCGUGCGAAGUCUCUUUGGCCUCUUCAUGGGCGGAGUCUACGGCAAUGCUAUCGCCAUGGCUCUCGAGUCGUGCCCCUCCAACGCUCGAGGCUUGAUGUCUGGUAUUUUGCAACAGGGCUACUCUUUCGGCUACGUCUUGGCUGCAUGCGCCAACCUUGGCGUUGGAGGUAGCACUGAGAGUUGGAAGACAGUUUUCUGGAUUGCUGCUGGUAUCUCAAUUGCCGUCGGUAUCGUUCGUAUCUUCUUCCCCGAGUCCCAACAAUUCCUCGAAGCCCGCGCCAAGGGCAAGCAGUCUUCCACUCCCGGUGCCUUCUGGGCAGACUGCAAGAAGAUGCUUAUCGCUGAGUGGAAAAUGUGCGUUUACUGUUGUUUCCUCAUGACCUGGUUCAACUACUAUUCGCACACUUCCCAGGACUCCUACACUACCUUCAUGCUGACGCAGAAGGAACUCAACAACUCUGCUGCUUCUCGCGCCUCGAUUCUCAUGAAGACUGGUGCUUGUGUUGGUGGUACAAUCAUUGGCUACCUCAGCCAGUUUGUUGGUCGUCGCCGUGCCAUCAUCUUCUCGGCUUUCAUGUCCGCCCUCAUGAUCCCAGCCUGGAUUCUCCCCACCACCGAGAGAGGACUGAGUGCUUCUGGUUUCUUCAUCCAGUUCUUCGUUCAGGGUGCCUGGGGUGUUAUUCCCAUCCAUCUCAACGAGCUAUCGCCUCCUGCUUUCCGAUCUUCAUUCCCUGGUGUCACCUACCAGAUCGGCAACAUGAUCUCAUCUCCAUCUGCCCAGAUUGUCAACGCCAUCGCCGAAAAGACAUUCGUCACACUCAAGAACGGCGACAAGGUUGAGGCUUAUGGUCCUGUCAUGGGUAUUGCUACUGCUAUCAUUGCCCUCGGUAUCAUGUUCACCACAAUGUUUGGUCCUGAGAAGCGUGGCCGUGCCUUUGAGCAUGCUGUUGCUGGUGUUCACGACGAAAACCUUCCUCAGCACCAAAAGAAGGAUAUCGAGACAGCUAGUGUUGAGCAGGUCGAGAUGGACGAGAGAAACAAGAAUAAAGAGGAGGCUUAAAUGGCGUGGUCGCCCUGAAGCAGCUAGUUUAGACAUGACACCUCGAGUUUGCAGCAAGGCGCAACCUUGAUAACCCAUGAUACUUGUAGCAGAGAGCUUCAAUCAGCAGACAGAACUUAGAAUAUGAUGAUCAAUAGCAUAAUCGCUUUGCCUUUCGAUCAUUACGGCCUUCUGUAGUCUCUCAAUAUCCUAGCAAUAACAUCAUGGUGUUCAGCCUCUGCAAAUUCUGCUGCAUUGUGACACCUUUCCUCAACCGUGUCGGGCUCUUCGUCAUUAUCUAAUAGCAGAUAGACCAUAUCAAGUCGGCCAUGCUCUGCCGCUCCUUGAAGUGCAGUUCUUCCAUCAAAGCCUGCUCCCUUGGCGCCGAUAUGAGCCCCGUUCUCGAGCAGGAAAACAGCAAUCUUGAUGUUACCAGUGAUUGCUGCAUAUUGAAGAGCAGUCGCCCCUCUUUCAGUCGCGGCUGCUUCAUUGACUGCGGCUCCGUUCUCUACCAG